AUACUCAUCAGCGCAGGAGCCCUGUAGACUAAAGAGGGAAUGGGCUUGAUUUGUACUUCCCUCCUGACAAAUGACAUAAAUACACAUUAAGCAGUGAAAGCAUUUGCUUUACGAACUCUUUAAAACACCUCCAGAGGCCAAGAAAUGCUCCAUAAAACAAAGACAUUGCAGUGCUUCUUAAGAUGGGAUGGGGAGUGGGCUGCAGAGGCAUGGUGUUGAGGUUUUGGAUGGGAGUAGAGGAACUCUGGCCACAUGAAGACACCCAGUUGCAUGCUCUCAAAGGGUUUUGGUGGUCUACAGGAAGAGGGGGACGGAAAGGUUCACUUACAGGCUAUGUAUGACUCCAAUCAAAUAACUACUCUGCUAUGGCCUUCUCUCAGUGACAGACAACAGGCUCAAAAGAGGAGAAUGUAAACCAGAACACUUAAGAAAUUCUACACACUCUUCAGAAGAAAAGCCCAGAUUUGGUGGAAUGUGUUUCCUCCACUGGUCCAAUCAGCCACACAAGGAUACAGAUGCUACAGCUGCUGGAGAGAAAGAGAAAGGGAGAGCGAUAGCAUAACUCCAUGUGAGACAGGGGGAGGAGAACGCAAGGAGGACCUGAAAAGGGGCUGUACAAACUAGCCAUAACAUACACACACCGAAGCACUUUGGAGUACAGGAAGCAGCAGUUGAGAGGAAGACCACUGACUCAUUGUACCCUGGCAGCAGUGGAGGUUCAUCCAGUGUCCUUUCAUUUCAACUACACAACUAGAGGUUAAGACAUUACGCCUUGUCUGGAUAUGCCAUAUACUUGCCCGAGGAGUCUUUUUGGAUCUAAUCUGAAACAAGCAAAUUAACUAUGCCACUGUGAUGGUGGGUUUGAGAUCAUUUCCCUGGGCUUAAGCCACCCAGAGACAGACUCGAUCAGUAAUACAGUGAUAAAGAAUGAAAACUAUAGAAACUAUUUGUUUAAAAUCCAAACAUAUGUAUCGAGCACAAUAAAGCCUUGCUUGAAAGUUCAGUGAUUACAAUAGCCGCAGUCAGAACAUUUGGACAACCUUUCAGCUGAAUGUGUUUUUUCAUGUGCUAAUGAAACGACAGGAAAGCACCAAACACUCCCCUUCAUGUUAACAUUGUUGAAACAUUUUAAGAGCAAGGCCCACGCGUGCCUUUAAAGAAACAGCCAGCCUCGGGGAGAUUGCAAUAAACUCGAGGGACAUGUUUUGGUGGCUUUGACUCAAAAAAACAACAACAACAACAACAAAAAAGAAUAUCUGGAUAUGACAUCGAAAACGGACACAAAUAGAACCGAGGAUAGACUUCCAGCCUUUGCCGCAUUGCCAAGGAGUAUAUCCCAGUUGUUGGCACUUUUCCAUGGGAAGUGAUCCAGAGUGCAUUGAGAAGUAUCUCCAGGGAGGUCUUGUUAGAGUUUGAAAAAUAUUGUGUGGAUUGAAAGCAAAAGUAAAUUUUUCAGCUCAUCCCUGGGCGGUAGCGUGUCUACUCCGAAGGAUUACUGUGAAGAAAAUGUCCAGCAAAAUGUAGAGCUUUAGUUUAACUUUGAUCCUGAUUGUUUCUUCACAAUUCGGGAAAAAUAAAACAGUCAGUGGAUCCUGAAACCACCUCUUACAAGCCAAACUUACAGCUCAGCUGAGAAAAAGAACGCUUUUGUCAUACCCAGGCAAGCGUGCCGGCAAACAGGGUGCUCGGCGAAAGAAGAGCAUAUCUUAGGCAAGGACGAAGUGAUGCAGGCUGGGAUGGAGUGCAAGCAUGAGCCUGCUAGAAGAAGAGGGGACUGCUGCGGUGGGCCUACCACUACAACACCCUCCACCCUCAACAAGACAGGAGCAAACACAUCCCUACAGAGGCACAGUACUAACAUCUUGGAGGAGGAUGACCACUGCGGGGUCAAAGCAAUGCCAGGCUUGACGUCCUGCCAGAUGGAGCGGAAAACAAACCUCAGCAGAAGUACCAGUUUGUCAGAGAAGGAGCUGAAGGAGGCACGGACCAAGAGUCAGAUCAUUGCUGCUCAGCUCCAGGCCAAUUCCAACUCUAAAGGCGUCCAACUUUUCAACCGGCGCAGACAGAGAGUAAAUGCUUUCACACUCAUAAGCGUCGGAGGAGGGGGAGUGGAGGCAUCCAAGAAUGUAAUUGACUCAUCUUUUGAAAGUCCACGGCCGUGGGACAAACAUCACUCGACUGAGGACCAGGACAAAGAGUUGAAUCGUAGAAACCUCACGUGGAUGGCUGGCAGGAUCUGCAGUACAGUAGAUCUGAGUGACAUGGAAGAUGCUUGUGAGGUUACACGGGAGGAUGUAGCAGAAGAAAGCCAAGACAGACACUUUCUCCCUGUGAAUGAGAAGGAUGAGGAGCUCUCAGAAGACCUCACAGAGCAUGUGAAGGAUGAGGUUAGUCUUAGAAGUGAUAAUACCCCUGCUGUUAUGGACAGAACUGGUCAAGAUGAAGCAGUAGACAAAGGAGCACACAAUAAAGAAAUCCCAAAUGGAUACAGUGUACAAUGCAAUGGAAAAGCAGAUAAGACAGUGACUAAACAGCCCACCAUCAUGAACAGAACAGCUCGCCCAUUUUUCUCCCCAACAGUAGGAUCCUCUGAAGUUACAAGUCCAGUCAUGAACAUACCCCCAGCCCCAACUUAUGGCUCUACAACACAAUUUGAACCUUCAACUCACCCAGUGCACCCAAGACCUGUUUUCUCUCCACCUCCACCUCCACCUUCAUAUCCAACUCCUCCUCUCCCCAGCUACUCCAUCCCUCCUCCACCUAACACAGCCCAUGCUCCCUCUCCUCAUCCUUCUUCUUACUACAUCCGCCCAUAUGCCCCCAGGCCUACAUUUGUCCCUAACCUCUUGAGUGAGAAGAGAUCCGUCACUCCCAUCAGAUCGGGCAUCCUUGAGGAGGGCCAUGCUCGCCGAGCGACCCGCAAGUCGAUGUUCACAUUUCAGGAGAAGCCAAAAGUGGCUCCGAAUCCCGAACUCCUGUCCAUGGUGCAGUGUGCAGAUGAAAAGAAGAAAAAACCCCAGCCAGAUGCAGGGCAGGAAGAGGAGUUGCUGGCUCUCGGGGCUGAAGCCUCAAACUUCUUGGCCGAGGAUGAGGAUAUUCACGAGGAAGCUGCAGUGCCGGAGUGGGCCUCGAGUUUGAAAAGCUCCAGAACACGUUCCAGGAUAGAGCACAAGCCGGAGCAAGCCCUGACCGAUGCUUCAGGAAAAGGAGCUGAACUGUUUGCCAAACGCCAGUCGAGGAUGGAAAGGUAUGUCCAUGACAGCAAGGACUCGAGAUCUCUCUCUCCUACCAUGUCCUUGCCUCCUUCGUGGGUGUAUCCAUCCAACAUGCCCGGUCGAGUGAAGGCCAUAGUAAACUCCUCCAAUAUAAGUACACAAAUUUCAAAAACACUUCAAGCUCAAAAGACAACUCAGAAAAAGUUUGUCCCUGCCAAAACGCCAGUACCUGUUCCGGCUCCACCUCCGGAAAUACCCUUGGAGAAUGGCUGCACUAAAAUCGAGAUGGAGCUGUCCAAACAUCAGCCAUACCAGCUCAACUCCUCCCUCUUCAUCUUUAACCCAAUGAAAGAUCCCUACAGCACUCUUCCCAGAGCCGCCCCAGCUCCUAAAUCUGUUGUGACCGCUCACUCCUUCUCCAGACAAUCAUCCCUUCCAACAAGCCCGUUGCCAUCACCGUACAGCCCAUCUGCCGCCUGUCGGUCAGCCCAUUGCUUUUCGCCUCCUCUUAAUCCCAUCACAGCAGGCAGUGUCAGUUCCCCAGUGUCAUCUUUAGCUCCGGAACGUGUGGCUUCACCUCGCUCUGGCGUCCAAGCUCCACGUCCUACGUUCUCCACCAAAAAAGCUGGUAUCAGCCCACAGGAGGAAACCCCGGCACCAAUCAAUAGCCCUGACUCCACCACCCCAACCUCCAGGACGACCAACUGCACUAGACGCAUCACAAGCCCUGAGGUGCCGUCCAGCACUGUCUGGUCCCCCAGCAGCCCUCUAGUGACCUCUACAUCAUCCAGCCCAAUCUACAAGCCCACACCCAUCUCCCCCUCACCCCGACCCAUCCACAAGCCCGUCACAACCUGCCCUUCCCCAAGCCCUCUCCGCAAGCCCAUUGCAACCACUGCAUCUUCGGGUACCAUCUUCAAGCCGAGCGCCCCCUCUCCUGUGUCUCCACACUGGGAACCCAGGUGCCAGUCCCCAGCUGUCAGCCAGGACACCAAAGCCAACCACCGCAUUUUGGCCAAAAACAUCAUCAAUGCGGCCAAGCGGAAAAACAGCCCAUCUCCCGGGGCACUGAGCAGCCGCAGUCUACCCAUCUCCCCUGUGAGCGGCAGGAUCGUGCCUUACGAACAAAAACCAGUCGGUCAAUUUCAGCCACAGAUGCUGGGGGCUCAAUCGCCCACCCUUACCAGUCCCUCUCCCACCCGCAUGAUCCACUCUCCGGUGCAGUUGUACAACACCCGCUCGCUGACUGACUCUGAUGUCUCUGUCGAGUCUGAGGAUUCAGGUCUGCGCUCUCCUGGAGUGCGCAGCUACAAUACCUGUCCCCGCGGCUGGACCGGCAGUCUGCAGGUGAAGAGGGGAGGCAUGCCUGAAGAUCUGUAGGAAGCACUUAGGGAUGAUUUAUACUUCAGCCUGAUUUCGUUGUAGACCAAAGUGUCCCUUAAUUAUUGAAUGUAAAGCAUUAUGGAUUUUUCAGUACAUUGCAUACAGUACAUAUGUCACUGUGUUGAGUGUGUGAUGGAAUCUGUUUGUGUUAAAGAAAUACAUUGUCGUUCAAAUGUUUGGGUCAGUAAAAAAUUUUUCUCAGCUAGGAUGCAUUAAAAUGUUUAAAGUGAUUAAAUUCAAAAUAAAUGAUAUUAUUUUUUAUUUAUCAAAGCAUUUUUUUAAUGUAUCCUGGUUUCCACAAAAAUGUAAAGCAGCAUAAUUGUUUUCAAAAUUGAGAAUAAUAAGGAAUGUUUCUUAAGCACCAAAUCAGUGUCAUGUGACACUGAUGACUGAAGUAAUAGCUGUUGAAAAUUCAGCUUUGCUGUCUCAGGAAUAAAUUACAUUUUAAAAUAUAUGAAAAUAUAAACAUUAUUUACAUUUGUAAAUUGUUUAACGUAUUUUUGAUUAAAUGCAGCUUUAGUGAGCUUCUUUCCAGAACAUUAAAAAUCUUACUAACCCUAAAUUUUUUGAACGGUAAUGUAGUUGAAAAAAAAGAAAAAGAAAAUGCUCUCAUCAUUUACUCACCUCACAUGUUUAAUCAAACCAGUAUGACUGACUUUCUGUCAUGGAACACAAAAUGAGGUGAAUCUUCGCAUUUUCUAACAAAAGUAAAUGAGGCUGAUGCUGAAAUAUAACUAAUACGUGUCUAUAUGUUGUUGUUGCUGCAUCUCUAAAGAAAGAUUUUAUCAAGGUCAUAUUAUCUUGCAACAACAUAAGGGUGACUAAAUGAAGACUGCAUUUUCAUUUUAAAGUGAACUGUUCCUGUAAAGUUACAUCUCGGUCUCAUCUAUGCAGAUGUCUGUAAUCUGCUGAAGAAGGCAUUACAUGGACUCUGAAAGUUUCCCAAAGAACUUUUAUGUAUUUUACCAAAGACAGAAAAAGUUAUGUGCAAGACUUUUCAAAGAAGUAUUAGUUAUUAACCAAUUUUUUUUUUUUUUUUAUCUAUGUAAAUAUAAAAGGGAUUGUCCCUUUUACAUUUUUUUUUUUUGUAAAGUAUGUUCUGACAAUGUGUUCGAGUAUUGGAAUGUCACAAUAUUCGUAGGUCCGACUUGAGUCAAACUUGGAAGGAACUGACUGUUUAUUGCUGAUUGUGAGCUCAUUUAGAUGUAAAGACAGAAUGACACAGCAAGGUUUUAUGGUAUGAGAGAGAAUGGUAGGAAAUUCUCUACAUUACAUAUGCUAUAAAUGGAAGCUGCUGGUGAUUUGAAAUCCAAUAUGGUUUCCAUAUUAGUUUAGUGCUGAAAAAACAAAGCAUUAGGAGGUUUGUACAAGGUCAUUUCACUUCAAAUGUAGGAAUGAUUGAAUUUCAGUAUUCAUUAAUGCACCUUGCUUAGAUGGCUAUUAGUUAUAUUUCCAAAGAGGGCAAAAACAGGAGGAGAGAGACUUCUGGCUGAGCGUAUAUAUAAGUUAAACUUCACAUUGCAUUUUAGCAUAUCACAUAAAAGGGACUGAAGUAAUUCUGGGUGAAUAAGUUGACUGAGCUCUGCUGGUAGAGGAAGGUGAGACGUGUUGUUUGUUUUGUUUGGUUUUUUACACAUUUCACACAUAAUUCUUGGGGCACUUGUACGUUUUAUUUAAACAUCACCUCUGACACUGUCAGACUGUCUACAGCAUGCAUUUACACUUGCCGGGGAUAUUUCUGACAGUACACUGUGGCAAAUGGUAAUUCACACUACUUAAUACCGAAUGUUUGUCUGUCGUAGUUCUGAAAUUACAUAUUGAAAUCUGUCUGAGCUGAUCGCUAGCACUCAUUUAAGGAUCAUGCAUAGCAAGUGUACUCAUGUUAGCCUGCGCUCAAAUAUUGGAUCACCACACAUGAGAAACUCAUUCUCUGUGUUGGUGCAUCAGCAGAUUUUUGAGUAUUUGCAUUGGGGAAUUUUGAUCGACAGGGACAUCAGCUGUAAAGUGACUCUGCACCUUUGGUGAGAAUAAUGUUAUCAUAUUCACAGAUGCUGUGCACUUGUGUGAUCCUUCAUUUACAUUAUGCAUGAUUCAACUUAUACAAAUUCUUUGACAUCAUGUCUGAAUAACCAGCCUCAAUGUUAUCUCUGUCUGUUCAGAUCUGUUUUAAAUUAAGUGAAUAAACACAAAUAAACAAUGGCA